AUGGCUACCGAAGCUGGCGACGAGGAUAAGAAAAUAUCCAUUACACCCCUUCUCAAACGACUCUGGCAUGAGUCACCGACGACCAAACCAACAGCAGACGAGAUCGCAGCAGCCCUUUCCCUGAUCUUCACAAACAGUCUAUCCGAAGUGCAAACAGGAGCCUUGUUGACAUGUCUCCACUUUACAGACCAAGACAGACAAGCAGAAGUAUUGGCGAAAUGCUCCAAAGCAAUGCGCGACUAUGCAACUGGCAUUGAUGUUAAAGGUCUCCAAGAACUCAUCAACCAACGGGGAAGGAAAGAGGGUAGCUACCAGGGAGGCUUGUGCGACAUAGUUGGUACAGGAGGUGAUUCUCACAACACCUUCAACAUCAGCACUACUUCCUCCAUCCUCGCUAGUGCUCUCCUUAUGAUUGCAAAGCACGGAAACAAAGCGUCAACAUCACGUUCUGGUUCAGCAGACCUCCUGUCCUGCGCACCUCCUAAACCACCUGUCAUCACCGCUAUCGCACCCAAGACCAUCUACGAAAUUUACUCAAAGACAAACUAUGCUUUCCUGUUUGCCCCUAUCUUCCACCCCGGAGCCAGGCACGCUGCCUCUAUUCGGAGGCAGUUGGGAUGGCGCACCAUCUUCAACCUUCUUGGACCCCUGGCAAACCCGCUGCAUGACUUGAUCGAAGCGCGCGUAUUAGGUGUGGCGAGGAAGGAGAUUGGACCUGAUUUUGCCGAGUCGUUGAGGCAGUCGGGCUGCAAGAAGGGCAUGAUCAUCUGCGGUGACGAGGAACUGGACGAGCUUUCGUGCGCUGGGCCAACCCAUUGCUGGCGAAUAGUCGAAGAUGCUUCCACUGGCGAGGCUAACAUCAACUACUUCACUGUUACACCAGCGGACUUCGGACUACCCGAGCACCCACUGAGCGAAGUCAGUCCUGGACAAUCACCCGAGCAGAAUGCCCAGAUCUUGAUGAAGAUUUUGAUGGGCGAGGUGCCGCCAGAUGACCCCAUUCUGCAUUUCGUGUACAUCAACACUGCGGCGCUGUUCGUCGUCAGUGGUAUCUGUGAUGCGGACACGAGCAACAUGGGCGAAGGUGACGAUGGAAAUGUCAUCAAGGAGGUUGGCCCAGGAGGCGGACGCUGGAAAGAAGGUGUCAGGAGAGCCAAGUGGGCGAUCUCGAGUGGAGCCGCAUACAGCGAGUGGCAAAAGUUCGUCGAAGUCACGAACAGUGUCGCAUGA